GUUUGAACGAGGCUGAUCAGGGCAUACACCAUUAACCUAUCGUUCGCAAUAUUUUUCGGUUAACUCAACAUGUCAAAUCGUGACAAAUUACUUCACUCAUAAUUGACUUUUUUAUUUUUUGUGAAAUUUUUCAUUGAGAAUCAUAAUGAAUAUCGAUUCAGAUGAGCUGUACAAGUGGAUUGAUAGUCACACAAUUACUCGUCAGAAAAAAAACUUGAAUCGUGAUUUUUCGGAUGCUGUUCCUCUAGCAGAAAUUCUCAAACAGCAUUAUCCUAAAUUGGUCGAUUUGCACAACUACAGUCCCAUGAAUUCUUUGGCUCAGAAACUGACGAACUGGGAGAUACUUAAUAAAAAAGUAUUGAAGAAAAUAAAGAUCAAUCUUACAAGAGAUGAGAGGGAACAAUUAGCAAAAGGAAUACCAGGUGCUAUCGAAAAAAUACUUAGUGUCAUAAAACUGAAGGUUGAGCUCAUGGCUUCAGGAGAUCACGAAAAUAGCGGCAGUAGUAGAGUAUAUUAUAUUGAAAAUGGAUCCAAUUUCUCAUCACGAGAAGGUAUUAUUCCUAUCAAGAUAAAAAAUGGUUCACAACUCGUUGAUAGAAAAAUGGUACCUAAUACAAUAUUCGAGACUAUGGAGAAAGAUAUUAUAGAGAAAAGAGAGACAAUCAAACUUCUGCAAGAAAAAGUUGAUCAUUUGGAUAAUCUUGUAGCAAUAAAGGAAGAGAGGAUAAAAGAUCUAACACAGCAACUACAAGCGAUAGUGAAUAAUAGUGGUGCAGGAUCGACGUCUAAUGUGCUGUCCCCAAAAUCGAGGUUCUUCAAUCGAAUUUUCUAAUUUGUUCAAUAAACUCGAUCAGGUAUUAUUCAUCGUUUCUCCUAUUAUCCGGCUUGAUGAUCAUAAGCAGUUCUUCAAUCUAUCAAAUCAGGAAUAUUUAUGAUUGUUAGAUCCUCGGAACUGAUACGAAUACAAAUAUGAACAAAAAUUUCCAUAAUUAUAUUCAGAAUGGGUGUUUUGGCAGGUGCCAUUGUCUCAUAGAGAACUAGGAGAAAAAUGUAGAUACCUAAUCUGACACUACACUAUCUUUCGGAUCAACCUUCAGUUAUAACUAGCAACGGUGAUUGAGAAAUCGUUGAUAUUGACGAUAUUGUUCUGAAUCGAUCAUAAUCCUCAUACGGUUCAUGAAACUCUACAGGGUAUUUUUGACAUUCUUGACAAAAUAAAAUAGGAGAAUCAAGAUGAUGUGGAAUAGUUUUUUCUUAAUAUCAGAUCACAAGGUGUACAAAAUUUGUUUCAGAAUC